UAGUGAGUAUGUGGGGGCCAGGGGGGGCCCAGGUAGUCCUGGGACCCCCAGCCAUGGGUGAGCAAGCCCACCACAGAGCCCAAGUAUGCUCUGGCACCAACCCCAGGAAGUGCCAGGACCUAGGAGACUUGAUUCUUCUGAUUCUGGGCAGCCUCAUCUUGCUCAACGUGGGGAUCAACGUGGUGACUCUGCUCUGGAAGCAUCUGAAGAGCUCCUUGCGGAUUCUUUUCCAUCAUUUUUUCCCCAAAGACAAGCAACACAGCUGCGUCGGCGGCCACCCCAUGUGCUCCCGCUGCUCCAUGGACGCCAAGAACCUGUGCUCGGGGGUCUCCUCCCGCUUCCACCGCCGCCCAGUCUUCCUGGUCGGGCACCCCAACCACGUCAACUCCUGGAUACCGGACACGCGUGACGAGAAGGCUCCCGGGUGCUGCUGGAUGCCCCCUCAGUGUGGGCACGCCGGGGCUCCCACGGACGCUGCCUGGGGACUGUGGAAGGAGGGGGUGAUGGAAGCUGGGGAGGCCCCUCAGGUCACAGCCUUAAAGGCCCAGACCCCCUUUAUCUCCAGGCACAAGACAUCUUCCCAGUUCCCCAGGAUGAGCAAGGUGGACAUGGUUCCCGUCCUCUUGUCCCACAAGAGCAAGACCAACACCCCAGACUAUGACCCAGCCCCCGCCCUGGCCCAGACGCAGACCCACUCCCCAGCCCACACCCCCAAGCAUAACACCCCCCUGGCCCAGGCCCAGGCCCAGCACAGCACCCCCCAGGCCAAGGCCCAGGCCCAGACACAGACCCAGACCCACACCCAUGAGCACAGCACACCCCGGGCCCAGACCUCCUCCCCAGCCCCCACCCAGGAGCGCAAUAACCCCCAGGCCCAGACCUACUCCCUGGCUCACACCCUUGAGCAUAACCUGCCUCAGGCCCAGAUCCAUUCCCCAGACCAGGUCCCCAAGCACAACCCCCUCCAGGCCCAGACCUGCCCCCCAGCCCAUGCUGCUGAGCACGCAUCAGUCCAGGCCCAUACCUGCUCCCCAGGCUUCACCCCUGAGCGCACUCAGCACACUCCUGCCCAGGCCCACGGCCCUGAGUACACCUCAGCCCAUCCCCUGGGUCACAGCCCCAAACACCUAAUAGCCCAUGCCCCAACCUGCACUCCGGCCCAUGCUCACCUAACCUCUACCCGUGUCCCUCACCCCCUCGUCCCUGCUCCCACCUCUGCCCCAGCCCCUCCCCUACCUUCUACCCCUGCCACUAUUCCUGCUCCAGCCCCUCCCCCAGCCCCUGUCCCAAUCUCUAUCCCAACCCCUGCCCCAGCUCUGCUCAUGACCCUGACUACCGCUCCUGUCCCCACUCCUGUCUCUGUCACCACCCGUACCCCCAUCCUCACUCCUAUUCCCUCUACCCUGACUGCCUUCGGCCAAGGCCUCUCCACUGGCCACGUGGUCUACGAUGCCCGCAGGGUGAAGCAGAAUGUGUGCCAUGCGUGCCCCCCGCCGAACUCUGGGUAUUCCGGAAAGGACGUGGGCACCCUCCCCAGGACCCAAGAGGGACAGGGUCUGGGCAGUUCCGGAACAGCUGAGCCAACACUGAAGCAGCAGAGUGGGGACAGUGCCAGGCCCUCCACGGGCUCCGUGCUGGGUUACCUGGAGUUGGGGAAUGUGGAGUGGAAGAUGUCAAAUGAUGCCAAAGACAAGUUCUUACAGCCCAAGACCUUCCCUUAUUUCAGCUUCCAUCCCUGCAGUUCUGAGAGGAGAAACACAGACUCUCGGAUUCCGCCCUAUCCCAAAUUCCUGGUCUACUCCAAGGAUAACACAUCUCCUCAACCUUGCUUUCACUCUCCGACCAGUGCGCAGAGCUCACCGAGCACCAUCCCUCCCCCGUGCACUCUUGCUCUGCCUCUUAUGUGUCCCAGAUCCUUCGUCCCUCGUCAACCCUCCGACCACCGGAAGCCCUCCACCUCAAUGCAACCCCUCACCUUCCCGCCAGCCUCCAAGUCUUCUCAGUCCGUCCCAUCUUCCCAGUUCCCCACCCCUCCCCAGUUCUCCAAGGCUUCCCAACCCCCAAUCCAACCCCAACCCCCUGAAUUUCGGGAGAGUCCAGGCCUCAACCAAGAUUCUGGUCUUCAAAGGACUUCAAGCCCUUCAAAGGACUUGAGAGUUCCCAGGAACCCAGGCCUCACCCAAAAUCCAGGCCUCUACAAGAACCCAGGCCUUGUUCAAGAUCCAGGCCUAAACAAGCCCACAGGCCUUCCUCAAGACCCUUAUCUCUGCAAGAGUCCAAGCCCUUCCCAAGAUUCUGGACUGCACAAGAAUCUGGUCAUUACCCAAGGCUGUGGCCCCCAAAAGAGCCUAGGUCCUACUCAAGAUGCAGUUAUGUUUAGAAGCCCAUGUCUCGCCCAACCUUGUGGCCUCCACAAGAACAUAUCAUUUCCCCAAACUUCUGACAUUCAAAGGAGCUCAGGCUUUAGGCAAAACUCUGGAGUCUACAGGAAUCUAGAACAAAGCCAAGAGACUAUACUCACUAAAAGUCAAGAUCUCUCCCAAACAACUGGCCUCCAUAAUAGGCCAGGCCCUUCUCAAGAUUCUGGAAUUUACAAGAGUAUGGGUAAUGCUCACGAGCUGGGAGUCUCUAGGAGUCUAGGCCUCCGCCAAGAUUCUUGCCCACAGAAGAGUCCAUACCAAGACUCUGGAGUCAACAGGAGCCCAAGCUUGAUUCAAACCUCUGGUCUCCAUAAGGGCUCAGGCCUUACCCAAGACUCCGGAGACUAUAAGAAUCCAGGUCUUACCCAAGAUUCUGGAGUCCACAGGGGCGUAGGCCUUACUCAAGAUUCUGAUCUCCAUAAGAAUCCAGGCCUCACGCAAGCCACCGAAGCCGAAAGGAGAUGUGGCCAUACACAAGACGUUGGAAUUUACAGGAGCCCAGAAUGUACCCAAGACCCUAACUUCCACAAGUACCCAGGACUUACUCAAGCUCCUGGCCCCCACAAGGGUCCAGCCCUUCCCCAAGACCAUGGCCUCCCCAAGACUCAAAGCCUUAUUGGGGAAUCCGGGCUCCACAAGGAUUCAUCCCUCGUCCCAAAUCCCAACCAGCACAAGAACCCAGGCCUUGCUCCAAGCACCGACUCAGUCCAAGUCUUGGGCCUACCUCAGACCCCAAAGUCAUCACUGAUGAAGCCGUGUGUUUCGGAGGAGGCCUCUCAGAAGGAAGGUGCACAACAGCGCCCGCCAUGGGCUUCUGUCCCACUUAGUCAGAACUCCAGCUCUUCCAGGCCCCAGGUGAUGAUCUGCAAUGACCUGCAGACCUUCUCCGAGGUACCUUUGCUAAUCGAGCUGCAGCCAUCCUCCCGGCGAGCAGGCAGCCAAGACUGGGUGUACCGUCCUGUGGACACCGUGCCUUCAGGCUGCCAGAACUAUCGCCAGAUGUCCAUGCCUCCCAAAAGCAACUGGAAGCCCUACUGCCCUGGGUCAGGCAACCGGGUAGGGCAUGUGGUCUUUGAUGCCCGCCAGAGACAGUUUGGGGGGGGCAGGGACAAGUGUGAAGCUCUGUCUCCCAGGCGCAGUCGCCAAGAGGCACCAGCACCCCCCCGGAGGCCACCAAGGAGUGGGGAUAUCAGUGUGUGA